UGUCUGUGUUUUUUCUCGUUAUUGUUUUCUCGUUUCAUUUUCUCGUUUUUUGGAGAAAAACUUUUUUGGGUACUAUUGUUCUAUCCAAAAACAAAAAAAAUUCAGUUACAAAUUAGUUAAGCGUUCGUUGGAUUUUAGUUAGAAAUUUACUGAAAAAAGACACACUUAAAAACAGUUAGAUACACUUAAUAAUUGCACUUCUUAUACCUACUGAUUACACUUAUUAACUAUACUCAAUAAUGCCUGCAAAAAAAGUAAAAACCAAUAUUCCACUUCAAUCAAACACUCGUAAAAGAAAUCCUAUAAUAAUUACACCAGAAAACAUCUGCAAUAAUACCUCGUCCAAUUCUAUUGACUCUAAUAUCAAUCUUACAAAUACUGCUAUUGCUACUAAUACUACUUCCACUCAUAUCGCUAACAUUAACACUAUUGCCAACUCUAUUAAUAACUCUAUUAAUAACACUAACAAUAAAAUUAACAUGAAUAACAACUAUAAUUAUUCGAACAGUAAUUCACAAAAUUACUAUCAAACUUCAAAUAAAAAUCAAAAUCAAAAUCAAAAUCAAAAUCAAAAUCGAAAUUCAAAUUCCAACGCAAAUCCAAAUCCAAAUUCUAAUUCAAAUAAAAAUACAAAUAUUUACUACUACGAUAACAAUCCUUCUACUACCAACUCCACCACACAUCAGCUGUAUCUCUAUAAACAAUCUAACAAUCGAAAUCAAAUCCAAAUCCAAAAUGAUUCCCAAUCUCAGUCUCACUACAACCCAUACUCUCAACAACUGUCAAUAAUUUCAAACGUUCCUCAUCAAUAUUAUAACCUGCAGUCUGUUCAAACUUCCUACAAUAAUACCUACAAUAAUUAUCCUUCAAAUUACGACAUAAGUCGACCUCACUCUCGCUCAAAUAUCAAUACAAAUAAUACUAAUAACAUGAAUAUAAAUAGUAACGCCAUCCCAGCUAAUGAUUCGACUUUUGCAAACCAAAAUUCAAAUACAAAUACAAAUACAAAUACAAAUACAAAUACAAAUACAAAUACAAAUACAAAUACAAACUCACAUUCUAAUAGUCUUCUUAAUCCACUCUCAAAUUCAAUUACAAAUACCCCCAUAAAUAUCAACUCAUACCAACCCCCAUCUCAAUACAUUGGAUACCCCUACCACUAUCUUCCCCAAGAUCAAAAGCUACAACCCUUUCAAUAUAAAUACUCUUCCAAUCCUCUCAUCAACUCCAGUAGCGCUAGCACUAAUCCUGUUUCCAAUUACUACCAAAAUCAAAAUCCCAUUUCCACCUCAAAUCCUGCCCCGAACCUGCAGCUCAACCCCGAGUCUUUGCAACUCCUGCCCUAUUAUCAGCUGCCGCUUUCUGUCCCGAAUACUCUCCUCUCUAAAUCAGGUAAUCUCAAAUUUGCUGAAAGAACUGAAAGAACUGAAAAAAAUGAAAUAACUGAAAUAACCGAAAUAGCUGAAAGAAAAGAGAGAAUUGAAAGAAUCGAUUUAGAUUCUCAAAAUACAAUAAAUAAUAUCCCCAACAUGCACAUCCCAAAUUACUAUUCUACUCACCAGCUGAAGAACCAGCUGCUGGAUUUACUACUGAAAAAUCCUUCCAAAAUUCAAUACAAUAAUACUGACCAAAUUCAUUCGCAAGAAAUUGAAAAUCAGCAUCAAACUCAACCAUAUCCAAAUUCUUAUUAUUCUUAUCAAUAUCCUUAUCAAUACCAUUACCAAAACCCACCAGAUUCAAAAAAAAAUAAAAAAAACUCAAAUCAAAAUAAUACUGACAAUAAUUAUGAUACGAAAAAUAAUGAUAACUUAUUUCAUAACAUCAAUUAUAACAAAGACCAAUUCGAAAUCUCAAAUAACUUGACUAAAAAACAAAUCAUUCCUAGAAACUCAAAUGCUAAAAAAUUCAAUAUUAUUACUGCUGAAAAUAUCAACAAAAAAAGUAAAAAUAGAGCAAGGAACAAGAAAAAUGAAAAAAAUGAUGAAACUGAUGAAAAAACUCCCAAAAUACUUAGAAGCAUUAGAAAUGCUAAAAACACAAACAACAAAACCAAAAAAGUUUCCAAUAACCCUGAAACUGAUGAUAAAACUAAAAUUAAAGACGCUAUUAUUCACGAUUAUAAAGAGGGAAUACUCAAUCAAUUCAGUAUAAUCAAAUCUGCUGACGUUAAUGAUACACUGUCUAAAAUUAGAAAGAGAAAAAAUGAUAUGGAUGCUAUUUUAAAUCCUUUGCCUUCUACUGCCUCAAUAUCUACCACCAAGCUCAACGAGUUAUCAUCAAAUAGUGAAACAAGCGAAAUUGAAAAGAAAAAUCAAACUCUUCCUAAAAACAAAAACUCUACUAUCAGUAAAAAUCUAGUAAAAGUCAUAAAAUUUAAUCAAAGAGACCCUGAGAGUAUGCAAAAGAAAAAAUUAAAAAGUUCAAAACCUUUAAAAUUAGAUGCUAUUCUUAAUAACAAUUUUGACAUAGACAAGUCUCUAAACUAUAUUCAUAGUGAAAAAAUAACACCAAAAAGAAAGGUAAGUGUUUCAAAUGAAAACGAAAAUAAAUCAUUUUUUAAUGAUUUAGACGAGUUUGAUCAGUCAGUAAAAGAUGAUCUAUUUAGUAUCACAAAUACUUCGGCUUCCAAACAGAACAUAAAUAACAGAAAUAUAGAGAUAUUGAUCGAUGCUUCCAAAAAGGUCCAUUCAAUCGAUGAUGACGUUUCUGCUGCGGUUAACGUUCUAUUCGAUAUUUUUAAUAAUUCGAAAAACAAUUCGGCUCUGAGUUCACCACAUGAACAGCAGUUUGAUGCCAUUAAGAUUAACAAUACUUACAAUAUUAACAGAAAUAACAUCAGCAAUUCUAACAAUACUUCAAAAAGAAAUUGGAGCACAAGCACAGAAACAGAAAAUAGUUUGACAGAAGAGAAAAUCAAAGAUAUUCUAUCUUUAGAUAACAGUUUUUCUUCCCACCUAUUGGUUGUGAAACCCAAAGAAGUCUUUGAUAGACAAUAUAAAAAACAAAAGCUUGAAAAUGGCCAUUUAACUUAUACGACAACCUUGGAUAACUAUCAGGUAAAAGAUAAAGCACGGCUAGCAAGUGACAUUGGCCCCUUCUCUUCUGGGGAAUUGAAUAAGUCUAUAAAAAACAAAAUUAUUCAAAGCUCGAAAAACGACCAUGACGACUCGAUUGAUACUGACAGAGAAGAAGUCGAUAUAUCUGUUCUUCACAAUCUUUCAAAAGUAAUUGUCAAAGGCGGAUCUGAAAUCACUGCAGUAGUAACAAACAGCAACCGUAAAAGAAGAGCGCAAAAUUUAUUCAAAAAUUAUACUAGGUUAACGGAUUUUGCUGAAAACAAUAAAGAUAAGAUUCUCCAGGCUCAAAUAUACAAGAAGGAGCAAUUAUUAAAAGCGCUAACAUCAUUGCCUCCCACAUGUUCAAUUACCGGACUUUUGCAACAAGAAAAAUUUGAUAAAAACUCUAUAGAGCUCAAUGAGCUAAUUGAUGCUGAGAGAGAUAUGAUGGAAAGAAGAGACUAUGAAUUAAUAAGAUUGAAGCUAUGGGAACGUUAUCGAUUGAAUUUGAAUUGGAAAAUAUACCUAAAGGAUAAUUUUGAAAACUAUGGCAAAAUUUAUAAUUUACAAAUGAAAAAAUUGGAUUCUUUAAAGGAAUAUUUAGAGAAUCAAAAAAGGAAAAUGACAUUGAAUAACAAUAGAGAAUUAUUUGAUAUAAAUUCUAAACUAUCAAACAAUUUACUCUUUGGAUUUGAUAAUACCGAUGAGUUUCUGGAAGAUAUAAACAGCGCAAUUAAUAAAAUUUUAAAUAGUAAUGAUGACAUCAAUGAAAGUAAAUUAGAAUCUAAUAUGGAACCUAGUUCUGAUAGUGAAAGAAACAUUAGAGGAAGAUUAAACCGAAUGAGAAAAAACAUGGAAUUAAGCACCCAACCAAAACCAUUGAAGUCAAUAAUUGAUAGUAAAAUAUUAUUUAAUAGUAAUUCUGCAUCCUCAUUAGCAUCAUUGAAAGAAGGUUUUUCUCCAUUGGUCUCUAGGAAUGACUUUUUACUUAUUACAGAUGAGAACUUAGGUGAUAAAAACAUAAAACUAUCAUAUAAGAAGAUGCUUGAUAGUAAUGGUAAUAAUUCUCGAAGUGAAACACCCUUCAGUGGUAAUCCCUCAGCAAAUAAUAGCCAUACCAAUUUAAUGAAUUAUAAUAGUGAUAGUAAUGGUGAGAGCACUUCUGAGAGUAAAAGUACCAAAACCAUUGAGUCCUGUAGAAAUAGAAGAAAUGGAUAUCUGAGAAGAGGUAGAAAUGCUGGGAUAUCACGAGUAAUACAAGAAAAUAAAGAGAAGGAAAAAGAAAAAGUAAAAGAAAUGUCCAAUUUAAGAAUUAGAAAAUCUUAUGUUUUAAAAGGAUUAUCAAAUGAAGAGCUCGAAAACGAUUUGAUAUCACUUGGAAUAAAUGUUGAUAAGUAAAAAAAAACUUAAAUAAUAGUAUCCACUCAAUUUGGUUCAUUUGACAAAAUAAAUAAUGAAUAAUGAC